AUCCACACUGAGAGCGUCGCUCAGCCACGGAGCGGGCGCGGGCGGCGCACGAGCGUCUCAUGAAGUCAGUUUGACCGUCUGUUGACCGAUUUGGGGAACAGCAUAGUUUCUCAGCUGUGAGAAUCUCGCUAUAUCGUGGGAAGAGAUGAUCCUGUCCUCGGGAUUGACAUAACGGUUAAAGGGUGACUCAGUGAACAUGGCCCCAAAUUCCAUCCACUGGUUCCGGAAGGGCCUCCGUCUCCAUGACAACCCUGCACUUCAGGAGGCAGUACGUGGGGCAGACACUGUUCGAUGUGUCUACUUUCUGGAUCCCUGGUUCGCUGGGUCCUCCAACCUUGGGGUCAACAGGUGGAGAUUUCUCCUGCAAUGCCUUGAUGAUCUUGAUUCCAAUCUAAGAAAACUAAAUUCCCGCCUUUUUGUCAUCCGAGGACAACCAGCCAAUGUUUUUCCACGCCUUUUCAAGGAAUGGAAAAUAUUCAGGUUGACCUUUGAGUAUGACUCAGAACCUUUUGGGAAGGAGAGGGAUGCAGCUAUUAAAAAGCUUGCGAUGGAGGCUGGGGUUGAAGUCAUAGUCAAGAUCUCACACACCCUAUACAACCUUGAUAAGAUCGCUGAACUAAAUGGUGGUCAGCCUCCCCUCACUUACAAACGGUUCCAGACCCUCAUCAGCCGAAUGGAUCCACCUGAGAUGCCAGUGGAAACCCUCUCCAACACUAUAAUGGGCUGCUGCGUCACACCUGUCUCUGAAGACCAUGGAGACAAAUAUGGUGUGCCAUCGCUAGAAGAACUUGGAUUUGACAUCGAGGGACUACCUUCUGCUGUCUGGCCAGGAGGUGAAACAGAAGCAUUAACAAGGAUUGAAAGGCAUCUGGAGCGAAAGGCUUGGGUUGCAAAUUUUGAAAGACCCAGAAUGAAUGCCAACUCUUUGCUAGCCAGUCCGACUGGCCUGAGUCCCUACCUCCGUUUCGGAUGCCUCUCUUGCCGCCUUUUCUAUUUCAAACUCACAGACCUCUAUAGGAAGGUAAAGAAAAACAGCACUCCUCCGCUCUCCCUGUAUGGUCAACUUCUGUGGAGGGAAUUUUUCUACACUGCUGCCACCACCAACCCCCGAUUUGAUAAGAUGGAAGGCAACCCGAUCUGUGUGCGCAUUCCCUGGGACAAGAACCCUGAGGCUUUGGCCAAAUGGGCUGAAGCUAAGACAGGUUUUCCAUGGAUUGAUGCCAUUAUGACCCAGCUGAGGCAGGAGGGCUGGAUCCACCACCUGGCCCGUCACGCUGUCGCUUGUUUUCUCACUCGUGGAGACCUGUGGAUCAGUUGGGAAGAGGGCAUGAAGGUGUUCGAGGAGCUCCUAUUGGAUGCUGACUGGAGUGUAAAUGCAGGCAGCUGGAUGUGGCUCUCCUGUAGCUCUUUCUUUCAACAGUUCUUUCAUUGCUACUGUCCAGUGGGUUUCGGCAGGCGCACCGACCCUAACGGCGAUUUCAUUAGACGAUAUUUACCUAUUCUCAGAGGUUUCCCUGCCAAAUAUAUCUACGACCCAUGGAACGCCCCAGACUCUGUGCAGGCCGCUGCCAAGUGCAUCAUCGGUGUCCACUACCCCAAACCCAUGGUGAACCACGCUGAAGCCAGCCGCCUCAACAUCGAGAGGAUGAAGCAGAUCUACCAGCAGCUUUCACGCUACAGAGGACUUGGACUUCUGGCCUCUGUACCAUCCACACCCAACGGGAAUGGGAAUGGGAUGGCGUACUCCCCUGGGGAACAGCAGUCUGGGACCAAUACACCAACAGCAGCUGUGUCAGGCACCUCCAGUGGUAACAGGAGUGGAAGUAUUCUGCUGAACUUUGACAGGGAAGAAAAUCAGGGACCAAGUGGAAUUCAGCAACAACAGCAGCAAUUAGGAUACCACCACAUGCCUGACACAGGGCACAGCAGUCGACUUUACAAAUGUAAUGUCUCACAUGACAUGGCAGGUUCACAACAUUCAGCAGGACACCUGCUGCACUCAGGAGGAAGUGUGACAGGUAAGAGGGAGCGAGAGUCGGAACGAGAUCUUGAUGGUGAAGAUGACGCGCUCUCCACCUCUCACAAGUUUCAACGGCAAAUUGGAGAGGUCACAUCGGUUCAUGUUCCCAGCAGGAACCAGUCGAGUAUGCUGGACAUAUCGUACCGAGCAGAGCCGAUUCAAAACAAGACGCAGUCUGAAGGGGACUGACUUUAAAUCUGGUUUCCUAUAAACAAGUCAUGUUCGGGCAUUUAUUUCAUAUUUAGAAUAAAAAUAUUUGUCUACAUCUCUUUUUACUUUUUCUUACAUUUUCAAUUGAGAUUAAUAUUAACAUAAGUAAUUUAUCAUUUAAUGAAAUUCUGGUGCUUUAAAAAGAAGUGAAUGAUUUCACAUCCAUUGAAAGGCAAAAACAACCAUCAAAAGAUUUUUCCUUGGUAAACCCCUAACUUUCUCUUUUGCCCAUCUUUGCACAGGUUAGGGUUUUAUUGUCUGUCAAGUGAACCAUACUAAGUGGGAUAUAUUUAUCAGCUUUUACCAAGCAUGUUUAAGCUGAGCUUCAGGACACUCAUUGCAGCUAGGAUUUUGUGAGGACUUUACAGUUUGGUUGGCACCAGCACCAGCCAUAGGUUGGAACCACGAACUACAACCAUCACACAACACUUUUGUACAUUUUUCUCGGACAUUUUCUCAUUGUACAAUUUCACUGAUUUUCAGUAGAGUGGUGUACGUGCCACUUUUUGUAAACAGAAAAUUGUAUAGCUGUAUAUUUUAUAUAUUGGUCUUUUGUUCUCUGCCAGUUCGGUGUAUUAGUGUUCACUCAGAAUAUCCAUAUAUAAAUAAAUAUUAAAUACCAGCAGAGCUGACCAUUUAAAAUAGGGUUUAAAGAUUUCUAGAUUUUAAAAUCAUCUACAUAAAAUGGUUGCUGAACUGAUUUUAAGUUCAUGUUUUUAACUUUGAACCCAUUUGUAAAUUUGAUCAGGGCCAGAGCUGUGGUGGAAUGCGGUUCUUGAAUGUUUUUAAAUGGGCUACAAUGGCCCAUUUAAUGCAUCUGUAGAUUAUCUACAGUAUCUUCUUCUUUGUCAUGCUUGGCAGACACACACAGACAGCUGAUCUUCACGGUCAGGCCUUAAACACUGAUAAAAAAAACGCCAACCUAAACUCUGCCAAAACCAGGAAGUGACACUGGAAAAGAACAUUUUCCUAGCUCUACAUUGAUCACUACAGUACAUCUAUGACAUAAAGCUUUACGGAUCUUUAGGAAGGACACCCUGUUGUAUCUCUGACCCUUAAGACUUCUUAGUAGAUUAUACAUGCUUUUUUUUUUUAAUUCUUAAAUAUUUUAAAUGAAUUCAUCUGUUCGUGCAUGUUCAGGUAAAGCAAAAGCAUCAUCUGACAGUAUUAAUCUUAGUAUCAAAUCUUUACAAAAACAUGCAAAACUGACUAAUGAUCACUAUUUUUUCAAUUUUAUUUAUUUUUUAAUUAUCAUUGUGAUAAUUAGGAUUCUGAAAAUAUUUAGUCUUUGUAUUUGGCCACAAAUGUUUUAUACCAAAUGCCCCAUACUGACCAAAUAUCAUAUCAUUUAGCUGUUGGUUUUCUACCAUAUUGUCAAGAGAUAUACAAAUAUAUACAAUUCUAAUUCUGAAGUUCAAAUAUAGGCCUCUGUUAAAUUAAAUGAUCAGUUUGUUUGUGUGUGUGGGGGUGUGUGUGUGUGUAUACACAUUUAUUUACAUAAAUUUUUUUUUUAUUCAGUACAAGCAAAUAUCAGCCACAACAACUGAGACUUCUGACAAAUCCACAACAACGUUUACAGUAUCACAAACACAGAUGCUCUAAUGACGAAUAUUGUGUAUAACUAGACCAUGUCUAAAGAUAUGGGCCCUUAAGUUCAUGUAUAGUUGUUUAUCAUGGUGAUCUGGCAACCUCUCACUGAACUGGAUUAAAGCUAUUGGGUCUGAAUUUGUGUUUGUAUAGCUGAAUCUGUUUUGACUCCAUGACAUCUGCUUUUGACCAGGAGAAGCAUUCAGUUCUAAUGUGAAUGUUUUGAUAUGACAGUUGUAGAAACCUCAGUGCUUUUUGACUGUAAUAUCUCUGUGCUAUUAUACUUUGGUUUUGUCACAGCGGAAGAAGUGAACCAUUUCUGUUUUCUCCCAUUUGAGUUGUUUAUUUGUUUAAAUUUUGUUUUUAUUUCCUUUCUGUGAAAUAAAGUCUAAAUCUUGUCCUUCCAGUCUGUAAACAGUUGUAAAAGUAAAUCUGAUUGAAACUG